CCUGGUGGCUGCGCGCGCUCGGCCCUGCGGUCCCCGGCCCACUAUGGCUCCCAAAGGCGGCUCCAAGCAGCAGUCCGAGGAGGACCUGCUCCUGCAAGAUUUCAGCCGCAACCUGUCGGCCAAGUCCUCCGCGCUCUUCUUCGGGAACGCCUUCAUCGUGUCCGCCAUCCCCAUCUGGUUAUAUUGGCGCAUAUGGCAUAUGGAUCUUGUUCAGUCUGCUGUUCUGUAUAGUGUGAUGACCCUAGUAAGCACUUACUUGGUAGCCUUUGCAUACAAAAAUGUGAAAUUUGUUCUCAAGCACAAAGUAGCACAGAAGAGGGAGGAUGCUGUUUCCAAAGAAGUGACUCGAAAACUUUCUGAAGCCGAUAAUAGAAAGAUGUCUCGGAAGGAAAAAGAUGAAAGAAUCUUGUGGAAGAAGAAUGAAGUUGCCGAUUAUGAAGCUACAACUUUUUCCAUCUUCUAUAACAACACCCUCUUCCUGGUCUUGGUCAUUGUUGCUUCCUUCUUUAUAUUGAAGAACUUAAACCCCACAGUGAACUACAUUUUAUCCAUAAGUGCUUCCUCAGGCCUCAUCGCCCUCCUGUCUACUGGCUCCAAGUAGACUGUGUCAGCCCAGCCCCCUGGCUUUGUGUCUGUGGGUGGCCUGUGUACACCGAAAAGUAGCAGGGUGGUUGCGGGGUGGGGGCGAGAAACACAAGAUGUUUUUAUAGUCUGGAGUUUGAGGGUUUGAAAAACCAACAAAAUGUAAUUCAAUAUUUGUUUAUUGGCUCUUUUUUGGCAGAUCGUUGAAAUUAAAUGAAUUGAAAGGGAAACUCAGAGUACCAGGACAUUUAUUAAAAGACAAAAAUCGUCUGGCGAUGUGCUAUAAUCACAAGAGGAGAAAAUAACUUGUUUCCUUAAUCUGUCAGAGGUCACAGUAACCUGAGUGAGCUGUUAUUAGUUAUAAUAGUAGCAAGAAGUUAAUAACUGGUUCUGUAUGUUCCAAGCACAAUAUUACAACUUUUUUUGAACCAUAAAUAUCAGAAUGAAUCCUCUCCUCCAGGGGAUUGAGAAGCCUCAUGUUUAUAAGUCUCUGAAUUUGUAAUUUGAAAUAACUGAUUGAAGUUAAAAACAUGGGUUCUCCAACUUGGAGAAGAAAAACUUGUGGAAAAGUUGUUUUUUAAAGAAGAAAGGCAGCCAAGGUAAUAACCUAAAAAUAGUACCCACGCACAUGGGAGGUGUCCUGUGGGUUAAAGCACACACUGUUCAGCUGCAGAGCUGUGGCCCUGGGUGGCCCGGGAGGUCAGCUCGACCCCACCUUGUUGGUUUGACCAUUAAGAGCCUGGAGUCAUUGUUUUCCUUGAGCAGAGUCUCACCCCACUGGAGGAAUGUUGAGUAAGAGAGAGACCUCUUUCCUGAAUAUUGACGUGUAAAAGACCAAAGUAAUUUUUGUUCCAGAAUUCUAACACUCCAAGGAGUUACAGUGGUUUUAGUGCUUGUUAGCAUUUUUCCAUUAGGACUGUCACAAAUUUGACCCUUUAGUCCACGGGUUCUCAUAUAUUGUGAACAAAACAUUGAUCUCUUCAGCCCUUGGGAGUCCAGCUGAGAGCAGUCUCUUGCAUUUUUUAACCAGUGUUGGUACAGAUACUAUCAUUUUCUGUGUGUGCCAUGAUUUGAGAAAGUUUGGAAAGCUCUUCUUGAACCUAUAUCAACUUAAAAGGUUAUGGGAUCACAGGUGAUCAGUCGGUUUCAUGUUCCUAUUAGCUUUUGACCACAUCUAGUAAUUUCCUACAAGCAGUACCUCAAAGGAAAUAUCAUAUUACUAAUUCCUAAUCCUAAGUUUAAUUUUUAGUUUCCACUUCUAUAUUUAAGAUGGAUGUUGCAAAUAACAUUCGCUAUUUUAUUUAUAAGUUUAUAGAAAGGUAUUCAUCCGGAGUUCAUCUUGUACUUCCGUGCUAUUGGAUGUUGUGGUAGGCCACAUCCAAGAACUUGGAAGGAAGACAGGCAGGAGUAUAUUUGCAUAGUGACCCAGAUCCUCAUUGCCUUCAGUUGAGGAUUAUAUUUCAUCAUAGCUUCUAGAAGUUUGCAGUUCUUUCCUUUGGUGCGUUAUUAUCCAUUUACCAUCACCGAGAUGGAGUGAACGGGAAAGUCAGAAGAGAUUCGCUGCAGGGUAGUUAGUGUCACACAUAAGAGGUUUUUAUUAUUAUUUUUUAACUCUUUUUUUCUGUGGAUAAAUAACGGGUCGUUAGUUUGACUUGUGGCAUGGAGUUCAUGUACCAAAUGCAUUUGCUUACUUGACAAAAUGACUGUUUGACAAACCAUCGGUGUGGACUGUUGGUUACCAGAGCUGGGCCAAGUACCUUUUUAAAUAGCCAGUAAAAAAUUGCCACUAGAUGGCAGUGCCUGUAUAGAUGGGGGAGAAUUGCCACCAUUCUCAGUCUAAUACAGUGUAGCUGAGAUGGGGUGGUGAGAUAGGGGCAUCAGCUUAAUAUUCUUCACAUAAUUUCUUUUGAAUUAAUAAACAAUAAUUUGUAGAAAAGCAAGUAUGCAAAGUUGGAUUUUGGCCCUGAAUUUUUCCUAUAGCACUUUUUGUUUUCAUCCUGAUAACAGUUUCUAGGUUUCUGUACUCUGAGAUAAAUUUCUGUGCAUAAGUGUAUAAAGCAUAUUCUCACAGUUCCACAGUCUUCAUUAAGGGUAUACUGCACCGGGACUUUACUCUCGGGAAAUGCAGAACAGUAAACAGCGACAUGGCACAGGGAAUGUGAUGUGCUGAGUCUGGGUCAGUAAGUAGAAACCUGCUGUUGUAAAAUUUUCAUCCUAAAAAGACCCCAUGUCUAACACCACUACAGUAAAAGGGGUUCUGCUGUAAUUGAGAUGCAAAGUGAUUGAAUUCCUUUUUUUCUCACUCCUUGUGCUAAGUAGAGCCUUGAAGGGUUGGAAUGUUUACAUUUCUCUAUUUUUAGUUUCCUCAUUUACAACUUAAUAAAAAUCUUGGAUUGAAAUUAUUCUUAGCCAGUAAAGAUUUACUGGUGGUCCUGUUUGGUGUAGUAUUCUAAUGUGGAAAGAAUAAUUUGAAACAAGAUUUGAGGUUAACUGAAAUAGGGAGGUUGGAUUCAUACCCAAAAUUCUUGUGAAAGGUCUUGCUUAUUAAGUAUCAUUAAACUUUGAUUUUUAAAAUUUA